AUGUCUCCCAAAAACGUCUCCUCUUCUCUCGGCGAUACAGCCUGGGACCUUGUGGACCUUGUGUCCGAAGAAGCAGCCGGUAACAAGCCCUGCGACAAGACAUGCAAUGAAAAGCCAUCGGACAACAAGGACUGCGAUGCUGAAGAUAAAAAUGAGAAACAUGAUGAAAACAACAACUGCAACAGCAGACACUACCGCCAGCAGAAACAGACAAAGCUAAUCUUACUGCGCGUGUUCAUGUUCACGUUCACCCUAAGCGAAAGCCUCCAGCCGGUUGCGCUCCUGCAGCUCCUGCAAAGUACUAUCUGUACAGAACAAUACGACCAAGUUGAGAUAAUGCUUUCCAACUGGGACGUGUGUAGAACACAACACACUCGACAAGAACUCGCAUUCAUCAACGGCAUUCUGGCCCUACUCCCCAUCCUCCCGGAAAUAGCGUGCAGAUUUCCAUACUACAAGCUAUCGGAGCGUAAGCACAUCGGUCGAAGGGGCAUGCUUUUUUGCAACAGCAUCGGCGAAACUUUCAGGCUAGUUUGGAUUGUGGUGGUUUGCUACAGUCGCCUCAUGUCUGUCCGCUGGGUCUGGUUCUCUGGUGUUUUUCUGUUGCUUGGUGGUGGAAGCGGCGUCACCCGGGACCUCAUUGAGACUAUACGGGGCGAUCUUGGAGUCGGUGAAGACGAACAUGAGAAGUCAUUCCUGGCCAUUGCUCAGACAAUGACUAAUAUUGCUGGGCCGGCCAUCAGUUUGGCCGUGUUGCACAGUCAGUACUAUGGCAUCACAUCCCUACUUGUUCUUACUAUAAAUCUGCUUCUAGCACCACUUCUGCGGGCAGCAAUUAUUCCAGAGACUUUAGGCCUCCGAAGCGAUCAGGAAGAGAAUGGAAUACAGGGCGAUCAGACUGUAGAUGGGAAUUCACCAAGCCAGGAUAACCAGUCUAUUCAAGCAGGAAUCCAGAACAUCUUAUGCCAAAUCAAGACACUGCCACCCCAAAUAACUGCCAAGCUGAACAUCUCUUUACUACUCACCACGGCACGGGGACUGUUUGAGGAAACCGCUCUCCAAUGCUGCAACUUUAUAUACGCGUCGUCGUCAUACAGCACUGGGAGUGGUAUAUUGGCCUUUUACGAGGCAAUGUGCGGCCUCUUCCUCCUCGUUAUCAAUCCGCUGAUGAGUGCCUUGUUCACGAUGGCAGCUCCCUAUCAUGGGAACUCGCUCACCAUGAACGACAUUAGGACAAUCUCAUGCAUCUUCCUGACAGAGUUAGGGGUAGUAACUCUCAGAGGUUUGGCAGAUUAUCCCCUCGCAACACUUCCGCAAGAUUGCCUCGUCUUAGGCCUAGGCAUAUUCGCUAUGGCCGGCGGUCGCUACGUGCCAAAGAUUACUGCCAUUAGAGAGUCAGGAGACCUUACGCCUGGUCAGCUUAGUGCGGCAAGGUGGCUUUCGAAUAUCGGGCACCGGAUUUUCAUUUGUUGUACAGCGGCCAUGGUGAACUAUAUCAUCAGCUUGGGAAUGGGGGCGAGCGGGAUAAGUGUAUCAGUUGGGCUCUAUAGUUUAACUUUCGUAUUGACUACUGUGAUGGUUGCAAGGUCGGUAUAUCUCGGUGAGAGUUUGAGGGGGUAG